AUGGGAGAUUACGCCUAUGUUACAUUCGAAACUCCGGACGAUGCUCAGGAAGCGAUAAAACGAGUAAACGGAUCACAGGCUGGUUUCAUUUAUGAAUGAACUUUUAUUUUUCUGUUUUUUUAGAUUAAAAACUUCAAAUUAACCGCACAAUUGGCUGCAAAGGAAGAGAAGUGCUUCCGACCGAAAGCAGAUCAUCUGAAGGUUUUAAAUUCAUAAUUUCUAUGAAAGAUAUGAUUGAAGGACGAGAAGCCAAAGACAGCGAGAGAGAGUGUGACUCCACUUGCAGACGAGCCGUACGACCGUCAGCUCGCAAUCAAGUUUCAAAAUAGCGAAAAGUAACUAACAGCGCGAAUACAGAGCUCGAAGUAAUAUUCAGACAGUCAGAGAAACUUUACAAGCAAAUGCAGCAGGGUCAAGUGAAACUACCAAAAUUAGCCGAAUUCAAAAAACUUUUGGGACCGGUUAAUUUCAAAUUUUCGUGUCUCGCUUCAUUUUAUAUAUUUUCAGGUCGUACCUUCCCCAAAAAUAGUGGGUUAUAGAAAUAAGUGCGAGUUCACUAUAGGACAAAACUUGGAUGAUGAGGUGAAUACAGUGAGAAUCACUCAAAUUUGAGUGUGGAUUUCAGAUUUGUGUUGGAUUCGUCGGUGGAAAAUUCUCGCUAAAUAAACACUAUGUUAUUCCUGUCGAAAGAGUUGAAAAUAUCAGCUCACAAAUGAUAGCGAUAGUUGAAGACGUUCAAGAGUUUGUUCGAUCCUCAGGUAUGAACCCUGAAAAUAUGUGAUGAACUUUGGAGAUUUCAAGGUAUGGACCCUUUUGACGAGUUCGAAAGGACGGGCUUUUGGAGAAUGUUGACAGUCCGAGAGUUCAGCGGAGACGCCAUGCUCAUCUUUACCGUUUUUCCGACCGAAGACGAAGCCAAAGAGAAAGAAUUUCAAGAACAGAUUGUCAAAAGGUGAGAAGCUCCAUCAUUCUUCUAUAGAAUUAUUUUUUAAGGUUCCUGGAUCCCUCAACAUUAACCUCGAAAAGAUUCCGCGUUAGUUCUUUGUACUGGCAGAAGCUGGUGAACUGCAGUGAUCCGACCGUUCACCAGCAUAUUGGAGGUGUUUUUGAUUCCGCUUUUCAUUUACCUGACGGUUCAGGAACUCCCUACAUUUACGAGUCGAUCCUCGACUGCAGGUUCCGAGUUUCUCCCGCGGCUUUCUUCCAAACCAACAGCCAAGGCGCCGGCGUUCUUUACUCGGUCAUCGGAGAGCGCUGCGGUCUGUCAGAUAUUCCGUCUGAAACUCCUCCCGCAACCGAGAUAGAAGAGCCUGAAAGCAAGAAAAUGAAGACGGAUAAUGAAAGUGAAGUACGUUUGGUUGUUUUUUAUUUGAUUCAUCCUCUUUUAUUCAGGAAUCACCGGAAGACUUUGGAACGAUUUUCCUGGAUAUUUGCUGCGGAACAGGUACGAUCGGACAAUGCGUCCUUAAUAAAUACAAGAAAAAUAAAAAGGUUAAAAAGAUUUCGUAAAGUUAUAAAAAAUUUAUCUCAGAUUUUUUGCAUCGGCGUCGAAAUGAUUGCAAACGCUGUUGAAGACGCGAAACAAAACGCUAAAAGUAACAAAAUGGAAAAUUGCAGGUUUUUUUAAGAUUGAAAACUCGAAAAUUAUGUUAUUGAUUGCAGUAGAUACAUAUCUGGAAAGGCGGAAGACGUUUUCAGAGACUUGCGUUAUUUGCUUCCCAACGGGUACGACCUUCGAAAAUCCAAGGUACUGCUCCUUUCUUACUCAAAAACACAAGUAGAGACAGUCAAGACAAAUUGAAUUUGUGUUCAAACAGAAAUUUCCGCGGAGAGAUUAGUGAUCACAUUAAAAGAAAACUUUAAGAUCCUUUCAAAGGUCGCAGUCGUAUAUCUAAAACGUGAAUAUAGGAUUUCAUUAGGUCGAAAGUUUCUUUUUCACUAUCAGGAAAUAUUUGGAGUAUGUUUAAAAAUUUAAAAAAAAAUUAUGCAUUAAAAGCUGCAAAAUCUCCUUUUUUUUGAAUGAAUGUGGCAGUCGAGAAUGGAAGAUUUGAACAUCUGAAAUCAUUUCGAGAGGAAAGAAAAUCGAAAAAAGGGGAGGAAGCUAAAAUAAAAUAAGAAAAGAAACUUUUGAGGUCGUCGGAGUUCUGGAUCCGCCACGUGCCGGCAUGCACGAUCGCGUAAUUCAUGCUUGCAGAGAGGUUUUUGUCAGGAAAAAAAAAAGAAUCCAUUCCGUUUUAAAGAUGAGCACUCUCCGAAGACUGGUUUUUGUUUCCUGUGACCCAGCUGCUGCGACAAAAAACUUGGUCGAUUUGUGUCGACCGACGUUAGUUUCUCUCCUUUCUGAAAAUCAAUGAAACCAUUCUCUCAAGAUCGCGAAAAUUCAUGGGUGAUCCAUUUUCGAUAAGCAGCAUCCAGCCUGUGGAUAUGUUCCCGCAAACGGCUCACGUUGAAUGGGUUGUACAAUUGGACCGAUGAAAAACUCAUUGUUCGGUUGUUAUUGCUGUUUUUCGUUCGCAGAAAACUAUCCUUGAAAAAAAUCAACGAGAAAUAGUAGCAUUUAUUUUUAUUUUGGAUAAGCCGUAAGCUUUUUGAAAUUCAAAAGGAAAACCGAAAAAAAAAAUUAUUUCACCGAUGAUUUUCUGGGAGUUUUUUUCCUUUUCAGACUUGUUGGUUGUACCUUGUUGUUGAUCAGAUCGAACUGAGUUAUCUUUAUUGUUAUAAAUAUUUCCCGCAGUGUUAUUUUUUUUUUAGCACUUUUAUGUUUUUCAACAAUGGGAAACCACACACCUCCCCUCUGGUAUCUCUCUUUCCUCGCUUUCUUAUCAUUUAUAAGUGUUUCAGUCUAGUUUGUGAUCGCGCCAAUAAUGUCGAGUACGUCUGGACAGGUAUUUUUCCGAGUAUUUCUUGGAAAUCGAUUCGAUUUGUAGGUUAUCAAAUGCAAGGCGACAGUUGCGUGGGAACCGAAUAAGCCACUUUCGUUGGAAACGAUCGAAGUGGCUCCGCCGAAGGCUCACGAAGUCCGCGUCAAGGUCUUUUUUUUCGGAAGUUUUGUUUUAUAUUUACCGAUUGACAGAUUCUGAAUACGGCGGUUUGCCACACCGACGCCUACACACUGGACGGACACGACCCCGAAGGACUGUUUCCUGUCGUUCUUGGCCACGAAGGGGCCGGAAUCGUCGAGAGUGUCGGCGAAGGCGUUCAAGGGUUCGCUCCAGGUCUCUUUUCAUUUUUGUAUCCCUCAUAUAGUGACUUUUUUGUUGAUCUCAAUCGGCUACUUUCUUUGAAACUGAAACUUUAUUCAGUCUUCAGAGAAGGUACUCUGCUGAAUCAUGGAACAAUUGAAGAGUUGUUCGUCGGUUUGCGAAACUGUCGUUGAUCAAACGUAGACGGCGCGUAGAGCAUCUCGUCUUUCUUGUGAUAGUAGUAGACGACUUUCGAGCGUUUCCGACGAUCACUGCUUCUCCAUGGCUACUUUCUUAAUAUUUAGAAAAAAAUGUUGGGAAUUCCCAUAUCUUUUGAAGUUUUUGAAAUGAAUUUAUUAAAAAUACAUAGAAGGUUUGAACAACAGUGUUAUUGGAGGAGAAUGAUUCUUCUGAGAAUCAAGUAGAAAUGCUCCUAACUCAGAUAAACAAAAUUUUUAUUGAAAUUACAAUUUCAGUUUCUCCAUCGAAAGUAUCUUCAUAAUUUCCCACAUAGUUUUUUUAAUUAUUGUUUCCAGAGUUUAUGGUGGCGUAUUUCUGCUCCGAAAUCUGAAAAUAUACCGUCCUUGAAGCACAAUAAAUUUUCAGGUGACCACGUCAUUCCCCUCUAUGUUCCUCAGUGCAAAGAUUGCGAAUACUGCAAAAAUCCGAAGACUAAUCUUUGCCAGAAGAUUCGGUACGUUUUGAAGCUUUAUAUUUUUAUCGGACGGAGACUUCAGUGUCUCACAAGGAAACGGCAUGAUGCCUGAUGGAACGAGUCGGUUCACUUGCAAAGGCAAAACGUUGUACCAUUUCAUGGGUUGCUCAACUUUCACCGAAUACACUGUCACAGCUGACAUUUCUUUGUGCAAGGUGCCAUUGUGACUGUUGUUGAAUACUUAGUUGGACUUUUCAGGUCAAUCCUGUGGCUCCUUUGGAGAAGAUCUGCUUGCUCGGUUGUGGCAUAUCUACAGGCUAUGGAGCCGUCCUGAACACUUGCAAGGUUUUCAGAAAAAUGGGAAAAUCCGUAAGAUGAUUGAUCAGGUGGAAGAGGGGAGUACGGUGGCCGUUUGGGGCCUUGGAGCCGUCGGCCUCGCUGUGAUCAUGGGCGCCAAGGCGGCAGGAGCGAAAAAGAUUGUUGGAAUCGAUUUGAUCGAGAGCAAAUUCGAUUCUGGUCCGUUUGCCUUUAAAAUCUCUCAGAAAAAAGUGAAGCAUACUCAAACAUAUAUUCUUCAGCCAAAGUUCUAUACCAGGAAAUUAUUUUUUCCAAACUUUCAAAAAAAAGUUCAAUAGUUUUUAUGAAAUAUGUCCAAAUCACUUUAAUUCCCAAGAAAAAUUAUCAAAAUUUCGUACUUUUACGCGUCGAAACGAAAAAAAGAGAUUUUUAGCCAAGUUCUUCGGCGCUACUGAUUGUAUCAAUCCAAAGGCCAUACAACUCCCCGAGGGAAAGUCUUUCCAGGUGAAUUUCUUUUGCCCUGUUUUAAUGAGGUUUAUUUUGAGGCUUGGCUCGUUGAUAACUUCGACGGCGGCUUCGACUACACCUUUGAGUGCAUCGGAAACGUUCAAACUAUGGUAGGUUUUGGUCUGUAGAUCCAUUUAAAGAGGGAGCUUCAGAGACAAGCCUUGGAAGCCGCUCACAAGGGCUGGGGCGUCUCUUGCAUCAUCGGAGUGGCUGGAGCCGGACAGGAAAUUGCGACGAGACCCUUCCAGCUCGUCACAGGCCGCACCUGGAAGGGAACUGCUUUCGGAGGUUCAGUUCAGCGUGAUAUCCCGAAAAGCAACCAAAAACGGAUGGAAUUGAAAUACCGAAGCGAGGAGAAAAAGUUGAUUAGGCGCUUUUUCUUCUUCGUCUUUUUGAAAAAAUAUUUUUGUAACUCAAAGGAUCUCAGCUCACAGUGGGACUUCUGAAAGAGACUAGGCUCACUAGAUGAAUUUUUUCACGCUGAUUCCGAAUCUGUCUUCAAAAGCUGCUCAGCUAAAAAUUAAAACCAAGAACAUCAAUGGGGAUACCACUCUCAAAGACUGCCGUCCUUACCUUUCAAGUUUUUGGAAAACAAUUUUAACUACCUUUUAGGGCGAGAAUUGAUUUUAACACCAUUUUUUUUAUUCUUGUAAGCGAUUUCCUGGACUAUUUGGGAUCUGUACCCACGUACAAUCAAGAAAAAAGAUCUUGACUUUAAAGAAAGACUUCAGGAAAAAGAUUAAUUUAAAAGUUUUUUGAUGAAAAUAGCGUUUUGAAGGAUGGAAGAGUGUGGAAAGUGUUCCGAAGCUCGUCGAAGACUAUCUCUCGAAGAAGAUCAAUCUGGAUGAAUUCAUCACCCACCGAUAUCCAAUCGAUGAAAUCAACACCGCUUUCGACGUUUUGCACAAGGGAGAAAGGUCUUUUGCUCAACUUUUUUUUCUCAAAAAAUCAUUUUCCAGCCUUCGAUCUGUGCUCUCCUUCUCUUAA